CUACAUAUUAUCUAAGAAAAGAGAGCACACAACACAGGCCACACAUUCAUUACCAACUCCCACACCAAGAGAGAAAAACCAAACCUCAUUUCAAGCAACAAGAAAUGGUGGCCCUGAUUAAGCUAAUAGACACAGUUCUCUUAGCCUUCUUAACGGUGGUUGCAGUGGCGGCUCCACUUGACGUAGGACUCUGCCUCAGCCCCAAAAUCCAACCGGAUUUUCUCCUCCGCCUUCAGUUUUUGUACACCCGAAAGUACGGUGAAUACUUGGCCACACAGAGGCCUGGUUUCUUUGUUGCACUGGUGUGGCUUGAGGUUUUGUUCAUGUGGCCGCUAGCGGUGUUGAAUCUCUACGGCAAUCUUGGUGGGAGGCGGUGGUUCAACGCCACCAGCUCUGUCUUUGGUGCCUCUUAUUGCACCGCAAUGAUUGCUGUAGGAACAGAACUGAUGUAUUCCCAUAGUGUGUCGAACAGCCUAUUAAUGGCACAUUUUCUCUUCAUUGGUUGCGGUGUUUUAGCUAUUCUGCGCAGCCUGCUACCAAACGCUGGUAAGACGCUAGCAACCGGAAGAACAAUUGAAUUGAGUGGGAAAAAGAAGGCUUGAAGUAGGUACAACUGUUGGAAAAUUUGUGUAGAUUUCAAUGAACUCAAAAUUCAAAACUAAACCUGGUUUAUUGGGGCGUUUUCAGUACUCUGCUUUGAGACAGACUGGAAAUUCAAAACUAACGCUGGUUUGGGUGUAAGCUGUUAGAAUUGUCACUAAAGCAGGGUGAAUUGUUGAGCCAUCAGUAUGUUUUAUACAUUGAAGAAUAAGGCCAAGUUUCAAUUGUUAUGCUCAUUUCAUAACUGUAUGGUGAUGUGAUGCUUUGGAUGCAUAGUUCUUGUAAAUGGUUGCAUUUCAGAAGCAUAACAUUUUAUGAAUAAAUGGGAUCUAUAUUUGUAUGACUGAUUCAAACCCGUAUUAAAUGUGUUAUGAAAUUGAUUGUUAUUGAAAAAUUUUGUUAGAUCACUUGUACUUUAUCUCAACUAGUAGCAUGGUCAAGAUAAUUGUGAAGAAUGAAGAUCAAAACAAGGUGUGAGGAAGAAGCUCAAACUACAUUGCAAUAUGUGAAAACUUCUUGUAAUCUAUCUAGUUUAGGUUAGGUAUGAGACCUAGACGCCUCGUUGCCUUCGAUUUGUUUAACUUGGUGAUUAAAUUGGAUUUAUAUGUUUUAGGUUGAAAAUAUGUGGACUGAUUUUUAUUGUGUGGGCCAAUAUGUGAACACAAUAAAUAUUCAUGCCGGGAUUAGGACUGCAAGGGGUUGACAAGAUUCAAAUUCAGAAUGUUUGAAUUUACAAUUCGUCCGUAUUAUCCCUUGUGAUUAAUGUCCCACAUUCCUAUCCGAACUUGAGUAUUUUUCGUAACACAAAUAUACAAUUACAAGUUUCUAUAGUUGUUACAAUAGUAAGUGAUGUGAAUGAGAGUUACAAAAUAAAUGACGACCCAAAAUAGCAUACCAACUAAGUUUAUUUCCAUUGCACACAAUGUAUCUGAAAAUAUAUCAUAUUGUAUAUACUUGUAUUACGUACCAAAUCAACCAACUAUUUAAGUAACUUUAGGUUGAAUCAUAAAAACCAUGGGAGCUCGAAGACUAUGUACCUUGGGCCCUAUUCGAAGGGAGUAGUCAUUCCUUUUGGCGCAAUAUUUGUUUAUGUCUUUACACAGAAAGUUUCAUGCAGUUCGAUGGAACUGCAGUGCGUGCUUCCACAGUCGCAGCUGAAACCACUCUUUUCUCAUCAAACAAAGGCGAAGAGCAUCUACAAAAGGAAGAAACGAGACGACCCGAAUCACCAUAUCCACGGGAAGCUUGGAGAAUCCAUCACCAUGGGAGGCCAUGAAGCAAAGCUCGAUUUGAAUGAGGGAAAAAAUGAAUGAGAAAACUGAAGAAUUGAAGAGAAGAGCAAGAGAAGAGAGAUUUUUUUACAAAGUGUAGAGUUUGUAGACUGGAGUUUUAACCUGUAAGUACAGAAGAAGCACAACUGGGUUGAAGCUGACUGUGAUGCAAAAUAAAACAUUGCAUCUGAGGAAAGUUUAAGGAUAAAAUUGA